GAGGAGGAGAGGAAACAAAAACAAUCGGCCGGGCGCCGCCAUCUUGGGUCCGUUCUCCACGCCACACAAGUGAAUGGGUAGAUAUGAAAUUACCACAGGGGAGCAGCGGCAGCAGCAGGGUACGGAGGGUCGUUCCGAGCUGCAGGUUGGACUUGGGAGACUUUAGAGACGGCUCCAACCACCAGCACCGCCCGCAGAUCGAAACCGGGCUCGGCCUUUUCUCCUCGGCAACCCUCAAACCGCACUGCUGGAGGGACAAAGUUGGUGUCCGCCGCUCUGACAACGGCAAAAGGGAGACGGGAGAGACCAGCCGAGAUCCGAGCGGGACGGGAGUGAGGCGGGAGGAGAGCUAAGGACCGGGAGAUAAGGACUGAGGGCUGCGAGCUCAGGGCUGAGGGCUGGGAGCUCAGGGCGGCACGAGGGCUUCUCCUUGUCAGCCCUUCUCCUGUGGGCCCUUCUCCUGUCGGUCCUGCUUCUCUUUUGCGUUUAUUUGUUUGUUUUUCCCUCAAAAGCAGCAGACUCGUUGCGGGGCGAUGUCCCCGGGGGCUGCCGAGGGAAGGGCCCUGCGGGCGGCCGUGCAGCCCUGAGCGGCCCCGCGGAGCGCAGCCACCGGGAGCCGUGCCUGGCCUUGCCGUUGCUUUGCUCUUUAUUUUCUUUAUUAUUAUUUUUUUCCCUUCAUUUUGCGUUUAAAUACCAAGCCGAGUCUCGGGGGAGCUGGGUGGGUGGGGGGGGCAUGGAAGCAUCGUAGGGGGAGGAAUCGUCGUAGAGGGGGGGAAUCGUAAAUCGUGUUUCCCGUAGCGGAGCGCUCAGCCCCGCUGCCGCUCGGACUGUCGGAGCGCUGCCCGGAGCCGCCAUGGAGCCACCGCGCUGCCCGGAGCCCCGCGCUGCAUAACGGGAACCGGGACAUAGAGCGGGGAAACACGGAGCUUCAUGACGGAGUGAGCGCCGAUACACACCGCCUCGGAUCGCACCCGGCGGCUCCGCCGUUGACUUCAAUCAAUCUUCCUUUAUUUGCCGUGGAUUCGUAGCGUACUUUUGUGAAUUAAAUCCCGCCGCUCUUGGUCCAGAAGCCAAAUGACACGUGUGUUUUGAAACGCCGCUCACAAUAGUUCGAGCCCCCCCGAACCCGGAUUCUCGCUUUGAAGCGACCGUCGGUCUCCAAACGACCCCGAUUUUACUGUUUGGUGAACACUAUCAACGGAGAAGUUUGCUCUAGAUCGCUUUAUAACGGUUCCGCAAGAAGAGGGGAUUGUCCGGCUUGCAGGACCGAGAAACUGGAUGCUAAAAGUCACUUAAAUGUUCUAACGCCAUUGGAAAAUGGGAGCUGCUACGAAGUUAGCGUUCGCUGUUUUUCUCAUCUCGUGUUCUUCAGGUGCCAUUCUUGGCAGAUCAGAAACACAAGAGUGCAUCUACUACAACGCUAAUUGGGAGAAAGAUAAAACAAAUCGCAGCGGCAUUGAACCCUGUUAUGGAGAUAAAGAUAAAAGACGACACUGUUUUGCUACAUGGAAGAAUAUUUCCGGAUCAAUUGAAAUAGUGAAACAAGGUUGCUGGCUAGAUGACAUCAACUGUUACGACAGGAAUGAUUGCAUAGAGAAAAAGGACAGCCCUGAAGUGUUCUUCUGUUGUUGUGAAGGCAACAUGUGUAAUGAACGCUUCUUCUACUUUCCAGAAAUGGAGGUCACACAGCCAACUUCCAAUCCAGUCACACCGAAGCCACCUCUAUUCAAUACCUUGCUUUAUUCAUUGGUGCCUAUAAUGGGAAUUGCAGUGAUUGUGCUGUUUUCAUUUUGGAUGUACAGACAUCACAAGCUGGCAUAUCCUCCAGUACUUGUUCCAACCCAACACGCCUUUCAUAUAAUGAUUGAGGAUCCUGGACCACCACCACCUUCACCGUUGAUGGGUUUGAAGCCGCUGCAGUUGCUGGAGAUCAAAGCCAGGGGACGAUUCGGGUGUGUGUGGAAAGCUCAGCUGCUGAACGAGUAUGUUGCAGUCAAAAUAUUCCCUAUCCAGGACAAACAGUCGUGGCAGAAUGAAUAUGAAAUUUACAGCCUACCUGGAAUGAAGCACGACAAUAUUCUGCAGUUCAUCGGAGCAGAGAAACGAGGCACUAGCAUUGAUGUCGAUCUCUGGUUAAUUACAGCAUUUCACGAAAAGGGUUCGUUAACUGACUUCCUCAAGGCUAACGUGGUUUCCUGGAAUGAGCUGUGUCACAUUGCUCAGACUAUGGCUCGAGGCCUGGCUUAUCUCCAUGAGGAUAUACCAGGGCUAAAAGAUGGACAUAAACCUGCCAUCUCACAUAGGGACAUCAAAAGCAAGAAUGUGCUGCUGAAAAACAACCUUACAGCUUGCAUUGCUGAUUUUGGUCUAGCUUUAAAGUUCGAGGCUGGAAAAUCUGCAGGAGAUACACAUGGACAGGUUGGCACACGAAGGUACAUGGCUCCUGAGGUCCUAGAAGGUGCUAUAAACUUCCAAAGGGAUGCGUUUUUGAGAAUAGACAUGUAUGCCAUGGGCUUGGUCCUCUGGGAGCUGGCGUCACGCUGCACUGCCUCAGAUGGCCCAGUAGAUGAGUACAUGCUGCCGUUUGAAGAAGAAAUCGGCCAGCAUCCUUCCCUUGAAGACAUGCAGGAAGUUGUGGUUCAUAAAAAGAAGAGGCCUGUUUUAAGAGAGUGCUGGCAGAAGCAUUCUGGGAUGGCGAUGCUGUGUGAGACCAUCGAGGAGUGCUGGGAUCACGACGCAGAAGCCAGGCUGUCAGCGGGCUGCGUAGAAGAACGCAUUAUUCAGAUGCGAAAACUAACUAACAUUAUAACAACAGAGGACAUCGUGACUGUGGUCACAAUGGUGACAAAUGUUGACUUUCCUCCCAAAGAAUCCAGUCUAUGAUAGUUGCACUGGUCAUGGAACUGACCAACAGGACUCUUCGCUGGAGCUGCUAAAGCUGACGGGACUGCCGGCGUCGUCGUGUUCUGUGUGAAGCGACCGCGGGGUCUCUGGGAGCGUCGGGACGUGUUUCCCUUCCUGCUCCCCCUCCUCCCACACACGAAUCCAUGAGACUUUCUGCAUUCCCUGCUUAUGCCGAAGGACGCGCCCGGAGGUGGCAGCGGGGCUGUUCAGGGCCUGAACAAAGGGCGGACCUGGACGGGCUGACGGAGCGUUUUACAAACUGACAUUGGGUUUCUUAAUAGCUGUUGGAAGAGACUGAUGAAUUCCUUAAGGAACUACUGGUAUUUUUUUUAAAUCAAACAUUUCAUUUCAGAUUGAAAAACAAAAAAACACAAAAACAAAAUCAAACAAACAAAAAAAAAAAGGGUAACUUGUUUUUAUUGCAUUUGCUGUUGUUUAUAAAGAUGACUUAUUGUAAUGCCAAUAUGACACAGCUUGUGAAUGUUUAGUGUGCUGCUGUUCGGUGUACAUAAACAAAAGUAAUCAAGUGGGAUAUAGCAAAGAGGCUUCCAAGUAUUACUUAACCUCCCUCAACAAGGUAUACCUCAGUUCCACCUCCGCUAAAUUAUGAGAUUGACAACACUAACAGAAUUGGAGUAAUAAACCGAUCCGUGUUUUGUAAAUGAUGUACUUCAAAUUCACUGUGUUAUUUAAGAAGGGUAAGCUAUGCUUCAUGCCAACAGUAAAUGGCCAUUCCUAAAGCAGUGUUUUUAGCCUUUUUCUUGUACUAGCUUGUUGUGUAUAAAAGAAAAAAAACAAGUGCUGUUUCUUGAAACAAACUUUUCCUCCCUGUUUUAGUUUGAAGCUUUUCUCUUACCUCCAUUUCCCAGAGUAUCUCAUACAUUUAUUUAAUGGAAUUCUAUUUAGGUUUGCUGUGUCUGAGGAGUAGUUGAAAGCUUAAGCAUGACUUUUAAUUUUCUGUGAGCUGUGACACUGGAAAGCUCUGCGAUCGUAGUCUUUUUAUUUUAUGAGAAGCCUUUUCCUAUUUAUGUUUGUGACGAGGUCUGCCCGCCGUGCUCUCUGUUUCACUAAGCAGGACGCAGUGGGUUCUGUGUCUCUGUUUCAGGAUCACCUCAGGAAGCUCAGUUACCCCAAAUUCCUUCCUUUCCGCUUUGAGAUUUGCAUCCUUCACUCUGCUUCAAGUUGGUGCCAUCUUUCCGGCGUCCUGCUGACUGUCUGUGAGACCUGGGGCUUAUCCCACCCCACCUGAAACUCCCGCCACGCUUUGCAGAUGAUAAACACUCAGAACUUUCAGGGAUCGUUUAGUCACACCUACAACUGAGAUAUGCAAUGACAACUCCGGGGUAACCGAUUCCGUACCACAGACUGGCAGAAGUGUAGGGAAGAACACUGAAAUGGCUUUCACGACUGCAAUGUGAGUGGUGAGUCAUGCCUUACAUGUCAAUUACAAACGGACUGGUAGAUAGGUGCCAAAGUGCUUCUCAGAAGUGCUGCUCCACCAGGUUUAUUUGGUCCUUUACACAGAGUACAAUAAAUGUUACAAACCUCUGGAGCAUAGAACCGACGUUAGCCAGGGCUGUGCUGUGUUAUUGUUGCCUGUUUGUUAUCACACCGAGCUUUGGAGGGCUUUCAAAAGAAGCCUCUAACGUUGCAAUUAGGGGCUUAAAUGUGAACGUUACCUUGGAAGAUUGGGUCCGUCCCACCCCAAGGCGCUGUUUUACAGGGACUUAAAUCUCUGGCAACAAUAACGGAGGUUACAGCAAACAAGAUGUAGGUCGGUGUGCUCUCAGCAGGGAAGGAAGGGAAGGCAUGGCUGCGGUGCUCCUGCUGCUGCGCUCCCUGUGCUGUGUCACGCUGCUGCUCGUCUUUCUGCUGAGGCUCCAUGUGGCUCAGAGGGGUUGCUGCUACUGCAGGGCGCAGCCCCGUGCUGUUCAGAUGGGUCGUAAAAAGAAGCUGCUUGUGGCCACCGUAAUUGACGUUUUCAUUUUGCUUCCAUUUUUACUCCUGGGAUGCCAUCUUCUGUGCUCAGCAGGGCAUAAGCAUAGCUGCUGAGUUCUGAACAAAUAAGGAUCCAUUUGUAUUUUGCUUCAAACUUCUGUGCUCCCAUUGAGUUUUAACCCCUUUCCCAGCAGAGGUAGAAUAAAUACAGGCCAAGUUCUCAAGCAAAGAGCGGUCCUGUCCAAAAUGUGCAGCACUUUUGUGUUGUCCUUCAGCUGCUGCAGGGUCUGGCAGCAGAGAGCUGCACCCCCUGCAAGUGCUGAGCUUUGCCCCAGGAAACCAAGAUCACUUCUCUUCGUGUUUUAAAACUGCAUUGGGGUCUAUCUGAGCGUUUCAAUACUGCGCUACUCUGAAUUUCCUGAUUUGCAACAGCAUAAUUCAGUGCAGCUGUGAAAAAGAUACUCGCAGUAUAAAUGCUUUCCAAUUGGGUCAGGUACAGCUGCUCUCGCAGGGCAUUCCGGCUUACUUCUGGUUCGCUGCUGGAGCGUUCAAGUGUGCAAGCUGAGAAACCUCAGAGCCAGCAUUUCUGGAGCGUAAACGCGAGCAGGAUGCGGUGAGGUUGAUGCAGGUGGAAGCGUUUCAGCAUUGCCUGCUUGCAGUCAGUGCCCGCUGGGGCUGAGCGCUGCAAAACCCCGGUACCUCAGCUCCUGAGGAGAAGUCAGUCCAAAGACCAACGUUGGUGCACGAACUGCAACGUAACCAGGCAGUAAGAAGGCAGCUGCUGGCCGUAUCAGCAUCGGACAGAACAGGGCCACCACUCUGCUCUAUUUCCAGCUUCUCGUUUGUAGCCUUUUUUAAUAAAUACAAUGACGUCCAUUAGGAACACUUGGUACAAAAUGCAGGAAGCUGCAAUGUAGGUUUCACGGGCAAAACGAUUCAAGUAGCAUCCUUGACGGAACAUCUUUUACCUCAGAUACUCAACCAGCAGUACUUUAUUUUUACUUCUUAUUUUAAGUGCAGUUUCAGUCCAUACUCUAUUCGUUACCUCUCGAGACUUUGGUAAGCAAUUAUUUUAACUUUACUCUUUGUAUUUGUCAGUGUUUUGGGCACAGGUUGUUGUACUACUGUCAGAUGUGCUUGCUGUUUUUCUGCAAGUACUAAAAACAAACCAACUCCCUCCCCUCCCAACGAAGUGAUUGUUAAAUAUUGUACAAAUACAAAUGUAUGCUCUUUUUUCCCCCAUUCCCCCCAGAAAAGUUAAAAUAAAAAAUGUGACUACUACGA